UUCUUGAGCCUCUGACAGAAGAGACUGAGUGGCUAAAUGCACUUUUCCAUUUUAAAAAAAACUAUAAAAGCAACACACACUAAAGGCUGCAGUGAGUUGUUGAUCACUGGAAGCAGAAUGACAGCAGGAAGGGAAAGUGUUGCACACUCUGGCUCCUUAUGCAGUUCUUCAGAUGGCAUUUCGUCCUCAGGCCUUCUUCAAGAUCAACACCGAUAGUGAGACACAAACGGACACUGAUUUGUUGCCACACAUCAGUCACACACCUGAUGGGGAUUAGAUGAUCUGAUGUUACAGACCUCCUAGUGACACGUGUCUGCUGCCAAAAUGUUGUCUGAAGGCGGUCAUUUCAUGAAGGGGAUGGUCUUAGGGGGCCUCUUCUGCCUGCUGCUGGCGCUGCUGGGUAGUCUCCGGCUCGGCACGGAGUCCGGGACAGUCGACCAUCAUCUUCAUCAUCACGUCCAGGCCCCGAGUAAAGAUGAGCUGACGCGCCUCUCUGACAGUCGCAUGCAGGAUUUGAGCAGUCAAGUCCAGAUCUCUUGCAUCAUCAUGGUCCAGCCCAAGAUCCUUGUUUACUGGGCCACGGCGGUAAACACCUGGAGCAAACACUGUGACAAGGCUGUGUUUUACACCUCCGAGUCCUCCAAAGCGCUCGAUGCGGUCGACCUGAACGAAAAAGACGACUGGGCGAGGUUACGCAAAGCUCUGCAGCACGCUUAUGAGAACGCAGGAGACCUGCGCUGGUUCUUCGUGGCUCAAGCGACAACGUUUGCCAUCGUCGAGAACCUCAAAUACCUGGUGCUCACAAAGGACCCCAUCGAGCCCUUCUACCUCGGCAACGCCAUGAAGUCGGGGGAGCUCGAGUACGUGGCGUACGAUAGCGGCAUCGUUCUAAGUUACGAAGCGCUCAAACGGCUAGUGCACGUGUUCCAGGAUGAAGACAAGUGUCCAGAAAGAGGACGCGCCCUGUGGAAGCUGAGCGAGGACAAGCAGCUGGCCGUGUGUCUCAAAUACACGGGCGUCUUCGCGGAGAACGGGGAAGACGCGCAGGGAAAGGGCCUGUUCAACAGCAAGAGUGUGUACAGCCUGAUAUCGGACAGCAUGAAGGCCAACCCCAACAACGUGGUGGAGGGCUGCUGCUCCGACAUGGCGGUCACGUUCAACGGGAUGUCGCCCAAUCAAAUGCAGGUUAUGAUGUUUGGAGUUUACAGACUUCGUCCUUAUGGCCACGAUUUUCAUGACUUGUUAAUGUUUAACCCUCCUGAAGGUUCAGACAAUGACUAGAGACUCGGUCGUUCAACACGGAUGUGUGCAUUUUAAAUGUUUUGCUUCUAUGAUGGCAAACCGAACUGUGGGGAGGUGUUUUUUUCUAAUUCUGUUUUUUAAAACUGGAUCCUGGGUGGGAAUAACACUUUUAUGUAUAUUUGUACCUUUUUGCACUUGGCACAAUCAGCGCCCUGCCCCAUUCCUUUGUGGUGAAGAUAAAGAGUAGACGGGUGUGCCGUCCGUUUUAAUGAAGACAGACGAGGACAUGUCUAAAACGUGUGACAUGAGACUAGAUUAUCUGGAAGUUUUAGUUAUUAUGUAUCUUAAAACUUUCUCUUUUUGUGGUCUUAAAGCUGCAUUACCGUUAUGAGGUGAUGGCUAUUCUGAAAAUAACAAGUUUCUUUACUUAACUGCUCAGUCUUUCGCCAUCUUAACUACAUUAUGAGUAACUUCACCCAGCUGAUUUAAAGCACUAAUAGUCAAUAUUGAGUGAACAACUGGUGGCCCAACCCAGCUCUAAAUUAAGUGUUUCUGACCAUGUUGUGCUUGGUUAGCUCCACUUAUGAAGAAUUGGAGUUUCAUGGAAAAUAAUAAUCCUCAAUGUUGACCUCCUGGGUAAAGUACAUGCUGUAUUUUCUUUUGUCACACAUUAGAAGACACGCACAGUCUGGGUGUCAGCCUAACAAGAUGACUAAUUUAAAAAAAAAAAAAAAUGACUUUUGCAUAAUAAAAUCUAUUUGUUUAAUAUAGUUCUCUGGUGUUGAAUGAUCCAACAAGGACUGUUGUGGAAUAGAGUGGUAGCUUCCAGAUGUUAAUGGUUUACACCUUGCCAAGCAUACUGAAUGAUUUUUGGUAAAGGGGAAUAUUUUUACAGGUAAAGGACUGCUUUGUUAAACUGAACUAAUUUUUAAACUGUGAAUGUAUUUUAUUGCAGGCCACUAUGUUGUACAUAUAAUGUAUAUUCACUUUGCUGCUGUCAGGUAAGAAACAAAUAAAAGUAUUGCAGUUCUCAUUGA